AUGACGAAGGUUGGUGACAGGGUUGGUGCGGUGUUUGCCAAUGAUCAGUCAUUCCGUCGGGCUCUUAAUGAUGUUGUGUGGGAUGAGUGUAUAACGAUAGAGCAGAUUCCUGCUUUUUUUCGGGACUUGCCUAUGAGUGGUUUGGUCCGGACUACAUCUCGGUCUGAAUCACAGAAUAGUUCAUUUGGAGGUUGCACUAAUUGUCAUGCUAGCUUAGUGGAGUUCUUUAUUCACUUUGAAGGUGUGAUUGAUAGUCAAAGGCAUAAGCAGUCUAAGCUUGAUGCUGCAUGUGAGGGAUAUUUGCAUGUGGUUAAGACGCCGUUGGCUAUUGAGCGUUACGCUGCUGCUGUGUAUACCAUUACUAUUUUCUAUGACGUACAGGCAGAGAUUGUUUCCAGUUGUUUUGAGUGUCGUGUUUUGUCUUCUACGGUGGAUGGUGGUGUGAAACAUGUUGAGGUAGAGGGUGCGAAUGGUGUUGUAGAUUUGGUUGUAUUUAAUAUGACUGAGACUACUGCUUCUUGUUCGUGUAGGAUGUUUGAGAGGAUUGGGUUACUUUGUAGGCAUAUUUUUCUUAUUUUCAAGGAUGCUCGUCUGGACUCCAUUUCGCCGCGCUAUAUUAUUUCUCGAUGGACACGUGAUGCCUACAAGCAUCCAAUUUAUGAUAUAGAGGGUGUGCACGAUGCUUCUGUUUUACAGGUGGGCUCUACCAAGGGUGCUAUGAAGGAGUUGUCUCGUGUUUUGAAGGAGUUGAGACUGCCAUUUGUUUAUGCGGACAGUACAUUAGCUUCAUCAGUGGGUAAGUCAGGUGUUGUUCAUUCGUUUGGGGGCGUGCUCACGUCGGUAGAGAUUGUUGUCCAUCCUCUUACUGUUGCUAAGAAUAAGGGUUUUGGGAAGCGGUUUAAAUCCUCAAAAGAGCUUGCUGUAGAGAAAGUUGCGCAGUCAACUCGUGAGUGCAAGACGUGCCACAAAUUUGAGGGUCAUGACAGCCGCAAUUGCCCUUUAAAUCCGAACCCGAAAUCAAAGGCAAAUGCCAAGUCAAAGGCACAAGCGUAG